AUUUUCUUAAAUACAUUGCCAUAAAUACAAAAUCCAUUCAUAAUAAGUUUUCAUCAUGACCUAUUCAAAAGCCAUUCUUAAUGUUACUGGCGAAAAACCAAAAGGACGAAGACUGACAUUAUCAAAACAAACCUGUGAAGAAUAUAUCAAGAAAACUUUUCCAAGUCGAUUGACACGAGGUCUCAAAACAAAGCUGAAUGCUCUAAAAAAAGCAAAACGUGGAAUACCAACAGAACAAGACUUGAAAACACAGUAUCUCGAUCAAGAACGUCAAAAGAAACACGCUAAAAAAGGGCUAGUUGGCAUAUACAAAGACACAGAAGUCAUCUACAAUACUGACUAUCCUGAUGCCCAGAUCAAAAAUACUGAUAUACGACAAUGCGUUGACAGCAACAGUAUUGAUUACCUUAAUCUUUGGUUGGAUUUUAUUGAAGCAAAUAUUGACAACUAUAUCAACACUCUAUAUCAAGAAGAUCAUGCGACUCUAAAUGAUGGUCAGCAAGAACACGCUCGCCAAUUGGAGUACACUUGUAUCUCAUAUCCCUUGAAGAAGCUACUCCGUAAAGAUUUAGGGCAGUUGGAAACCGAUAUUGUUAUUCAAUCUUUCUCAAAAACUUCGGAAAUCAUUAGUCAUAUUCUAUUGGAUAUCUCAACAAUUAUCUCUCUUGACUUGCUCGAAAGAACAAAAGGUCCAGCCAUUGAUUUACAAUCAGUCAUACCAGAAAAAGCACGACGAAAUGCCUCAUCUUGCAUUAUUUCCAUAUCACCACCUAAUCGCGAUAUCCAAGACAAGAUGGUUCAUCGUGGGAAUUUGGCGAAGGAUAAAAGAAUAUUUGACCUGUACACCGAGAAUCAUCUUAAACAUGUAUUAGCUCUGGUUCACAAACAACGACAUGACCACCAACAGCAGUCUGAUAUACUCGCAUCAUCUUCCGUGACAGCUUCUUCAACAUCAGUUACAGCUUCUGGGUCGGAAUCAACUCACUGUCCAGAAUGGUUCUUUGAUAUCAAUGACAAAACUGGGUUCGAUCUAACUCCACUUCCUCCUGGCAUGCCUUCAAUGAUUGGCUUUUACUUGGAUCAGUUUUACACCAAUAUAAAGAACAUAUAUGAGGGCAAAACACCUGAAUAUCUCGUAGAAAAAGCUCUGCUAAUUCUCCUACGUUGUAAUCUAGCUCCAAAGCGCGAGGCUAGAUAUAUGGAACGAAUACAAAGCCAACAACAACAACAACAACAACAACAACAACAACAACAACAACAACAACAACAACAACAACAACAACAACAACAACAACAACAACAACAACAACAACAACAACAACAACAACAACAACAACAACAACAACAACAACAACAACAACAACAACAACAACAACAACAACAACAACAACAACAACAACAACAACAGCAAUAG